AUGCGCCCGGGAAAGCGCUUUACCUCACCGAAUGGUCCAAUGCCUUUUUAUUCGCAGUCGUCAAUUGCGGUGGAGCGUGGUCGGCAGCGAAUGGCGGGUGGAGUCGCCGCGUCUUCAUCGUACGCUCAACAACGGCGCCUGACCAAAAGCCGCGCGGCAUCAAGUAACGCCCGGCGUGCUGGGACUGUAGGUGCAAUGAGUGAGAAAGGCGUCGAGCAGCGGAGAGCAGCUUCGACCGAUGGGAGGCAGCGUGGGAAUUAUAAUACUAUCGCCAACAGUAACCCAGCGACUGGCAUCUCGUCUGAAGCACGGCGUGUCAGCUUUGUGAGGGGGAUGGAAUUGUCACCCGACGGCAGUUCCUACGUGACGCCUUCGACAAGAAAUCAUAAGAGUCACCACGGUAGCGGUGACAACGGCCAUCAGGUGCGACAGCUACUUUCGGAGUUGGUGGAAAUAAGUCACACAUUGGCCGAAUACUUGCAGGGUGAACCUUCUGCCUUUGUGCUCCAGCAGCAGGCAUCACCUAUCAACAGCGACGCUGGCUUUCCGACUCGCCCCCACUCUCAGAAGCAGGCGACUUUAAAAGCACAAGAAAUAGAGCGCAUCGUUAAACGUGUCGAGAGUCAUUUUUCGGAAAAGAUUGCCUCGAUGGAGAAGAAGGACAAGGAGCAAAUAGCAAUUAUUUUUGAACUGAGAAAAGAGCUUCAACGAUUACAACAGAAAGAUCGGCCUUUUUCCCCUCCUUUAUCGUCUAGCAGGGAAGGGGAUUUUAGAAAGUCAUCCCGUUCCGGUCAAUAUCCCACGGGCGCUUCUAACGGCAAUUAUACCGUCACCACCACCACCAAUACGAAUAAUAAUACUGCCGCUGCUAACAAGAAUGCCAAUGGUAACGGUCCUAGUGAACACGCUGCAGAGGUGGAAACCCUCCGGCGCAUGUUACAGGAGGAAAAGCGUCAGCGUCUGUUUGUGGAAGAGCAGACACAGUCCCUCUCGGAGCAACAUGGACGCGUUGUCAUGACACUUGAGCGGCGAUUACAGAAGCAGGAAGACCAACUGUGUGAGUUAAUUGCCUCGCUGGAACACCAGUCGCAAUUAACAUCAUCGUCGCCAAGUGCCCAGUCUCCACCUUCCUCACGCCCUUUACCUUCGACCGCAUUAUCCUCGCCGCGUCGGCUUUUGAGGCAACAGUUGACGCAACACGAACAGAACAAGCGAGUUCUCGAAGCGUAUCGUCGAAAUCUCCGUGGUACACAAGGGUUAACUACAACUACUAGAGAUAAUCUCUCAGCUGAUAAAAGCCAAACGAAUUCUAAUCAUGGCAAUGAUGAUGCUCUUGAUGAAAAUGACAUUUUAGUAGAACUUGGUCUUGCCGACCCCAAGCCUGUACUGCGCACUGAGUUUGGUACACGCAAUGUCGCACAGGCACCAAUACACUCUUCACUUUUGAAACAUUCUUCUCCCCUAACGCAACCUCGACAACAGCAACAAGCGAUAAACCAACAACCAUCGCCAGCACCACGGCAACAACAGCAACGCCCAUAUGAUGUUGAAAAGGUGGCGAAUGCGAUCGAUGCCAGUGUGGUCAACGGGGUUGUGGAGGUGGACGACAUUGCUGCGUUCUUGGACAACAUCACCCAGGAAUUAGAGAGCAUUGACGCAAUGGAGAAUGGGCGUGAAGGAGGAAUAUAG